CGCACCCCAAGAUGGCGGCCAUACCGAGCCAUGAUGUUCGCCGCCGCCGGCUUAUCUGGCUUCAUCCCUAUUAUCCACGGCGUCACCAUCUACGGCUACAAGGGGCUCGAUGACAGAGUCAGCGUUACCUGUAUCGUCAUCCAUGGCGCCAUGUAUCUCUUCGGCGCAGUUCUCUAUGUGGCUCGAUGGCCGGAGAGGAGUUUUCCAGGUGCAUUCGGCAUAUGGGGCAGCUCCCAUCAGAUCUUCCACAUGUUUGUCCUGCCCGCUGCGGCAACGCAUUUUUAUGGAAUGGUGAGGGCGUUUGGCUACCAUCACACGGUCUUGGGAUCCCAGUGCUUGACCGAAUAAAUCGAGACCUUUUCGGUUGUGUACCGCUCUCUAUGGACGUAAGGUCGUUUAUCACUAUUUUUCCGUUAUACGGGCCAUUCCCAAACCCAAGACCCAAUAUGCGCGCAAGACCACAUCCCAUC